UCAUUAUGUACUGGGAUCCUUUCGUUAUAUUAAAGGAAAGACAUGAAAGUAGCAACGUGUGAAAAUCCUCUCCGGCAACUGAGCGCCGUGUAGCAGCUCCUCGCAGUAGUGUAUUGGCGGCAGUGAGAGGAGGGUGUGCCGCUGGUCCCUCCCUGUGUGGCUGACCUGACCCUGGAGGGGACUUUGUAGAGAGAAGCGAUUGUCAAGUGGAUGUGCGGCUCGGAACUCUGGCUUGUCGUGACUCUAGUGGCCGAGGUGACUGCUUGCUUCUGGCUCCCUGUGGCUUAUUCUGGCUUAUAGUGGCUCGAGGAACUCUCAUUGUGUGUCAGAACUGUAUCUCAAGUGACUGACUGGCUUAUAGUAUCUGAACUGUCUUAUUCUUAUUCUCGUGUAUCAUAACUGUGGCUGACGUGACUGCUUGGUUCUGUCUCCUUGUGGCUUGUUCUGUCUCAGUGUCUCGGAACUGUCUCACUCUGUCGUGUGUCAGAACUGUGGCUGUUGUGUCUGUGUCUGCGUGCAUGAGUACUGUCUCGGCAAGCGAUGAAUGGUGAAGUGGUGGUGUGUGGCGGCGGCGGCGGCGUCGGGAUGAUGAAGACCAGCCAAGUGAACAAGGCUGGCCCGAGCGGGUGGUCAGCUGGCCACCACCACCACCACCACCACGACCUCUGGAUCCAGCCCCCGGCCACCACCCCCGCCAGCCUCAGCCCCAAGGAGCCCCCCACCAACACCUCCAUGGACUCCGGGGUGGCUGGGCUUAGGGACACCCCCGUGCACACCCCCGCCCCCAUCCACCACCACAACACUACCCCCACCACCACCUCCACGGCCAAUAACAACAACAACAUGGGCAGCAAGGGGAAUAACAACAACAAUAAUAACAAUAACAACAAUAAUAACAACGAGGAUUACGACGUGCCGAAGUUCAUCGUUGACCACACCACGCGGGCCACCUACAUGAAGGGCCGCUUCCUGGGCAAGGGCGGGUUCGCGCGAGUCCAUGAAGUGACGGAUCUCAUUACCAACAUGACCUACGCCGGCAAGAUCAUUCCCAAGUUCAGGAUCACCAAGCCACACCACAAGGAAAAGAUCGCCCGCGAGAUCGAGGUCCACCGCCACCUACGCCACCAACACGUCGUUCGCUUCCACCACUACUUCGAGGACGACGCCAACGUUUACAUCAUCCUCGAGAACUGCGCCAGGAGGGUGAGUGUUAGAGAAGGAGGAGGAAGAAGGGAUAUUGAAGUAGUAGUCGUAUUAGGAGGAACAAGGAGAAUGCUAAUGUUAAAAAAAAUAUUAAAAAAACGUGAAUAUGUCAGUAGGAAUGAAAGUGAAGAGGAGAAAAGGAAAAAAAAUAGAAUGGCCAAUACGCGGAUCUCUUGUUCUUGUGUAGGCUUACAAGUAUUUGUCUGUUUCUCCGUAAAGAUUCAUCCUCAUUUUCCUUCCCACCCCAGCAGGACCAUCUGCGGCACGCCCAACUACAUCGCCCCUGAGGUGCUCAACAAGCUCGGCCACUCCUACGACGCCGACAUCUGGGCCAUGGGAUGCAUCAUGUACGCGCUCCUGGUGGGUCAGCCGCCCUUCGAGACGGACACGCUGAAGGAGACGUACGCGCGCAUCACCACCAACAAGUACGUCAUCCCGCCCCUCGUGAGCGACGCCGCCCGCCACCUCAUCCGCCGCUUCCUGCACCCGGACCCCAGCGCGCGGCCCCGCCUGGACCAGCUCCUGAGCCACGAGUUCUUCACGGCAGGUGUGGUGCCGACGUCCCUGCCAGUGUCUGCGUGCACUCAGCCUCCUAAGUUUGGGCUGGAGGUGAUUGGCAAGUCUGUGUCGAUGCCUGAGCAGCAGCUCCAGCACCCGCCCCCACUGCCCCAGUCACAGUCACAACAGCAACACCCACUCUGCCAGGAUAUCAAGAAGAUCACCUCCUCCGUCUCCACCCUGCGCAUCCCCAACCAGAAGCCAGCGUCGGAUAAGAUAUCCAUACUGGAGGGUGGUCUUGGCAUGGGCAGUCCUCCCCCUACCCGCCCUGUCAUAAUUCCGGGCUCCAAGGAGGAGAAUCGCAAGAAGGAGUCAGGGGGCACCUUGUCCUCUUGCCUGCGGCAAAAGCUGUCCUCGGUGAUCUGCGCCACAGACAACAAGGGCUCGGCAAGCACAGCAGUGGCGGCCAAGAAGAGGGACGUCACCUCAGGGACCCUCUACAACCUACUGGCAGCUUGUCUGGACAACAUGCCUGAUGAUAUGAGCACCAACCCUGCUGUCCUAAGUCACACGCCUCUCUUCAUCUCCAAGUGGAUUGACUACUCCAACAAGUAUGGUUUUGGCUACCAGCUGUCGGACAACUGUGUGGGUGUCUUUUUCAAUGACCUCACCAGGAUCAGCAUAAGUCCAGACAAAAACCGAGUGGAGUUCACUGAUUCAACCGGACGGCUCCUGGUGCACCAGGCAAGCUCGCUGCCUGUCUGGCUGCAGGACCGCUACCAGCUCCUCCGCUACUUUGCCACCUACAUGGAGGAGAACUUGACGGAGGCCGGUGACACACGCAGCAGCCGGGUGGUGGUGGGCCGUGGAGCCGUCAUCCCUCAUGUGAGGCGUUGGGACCGAACCCCGAAGUCCAUUAUCAUGCAAUUAAGCAAUGGCACUUUCCAGAUUAACUUCUUCAAGGACCACACCAAGAUAGUGAUUGCUGGUGAGCGGUCUGAUGUGAGCAUCAUGUUCAUCAGCAGUGACCGGCAAUCCUUCACUUACCGCCUCUCCCAGCUGGCAGAGAUUGGCUGCGAUGCAAUGGUACGGGAGAGGCUAGUCUAUGCCCUCUCUUGCCUCCGCCAGUAUGCCGAGCUUGAUGGAGAGGAAGUCUGAGGGGAAGCUUUUACGUUGCCUCAUCCCGCUGCUAGGCCCUCCACCCACACCGGGAGGCUCUGGAAGGAAUUGAUUGCCAGUUUAGUCUUCGGACCAAAUGUGGUUUUGAUAUUUUGUUGGUGGACCCGAGUUUAAGUGAGGAAAUUACUUAUGAUGGAAGAAAGUAUUUUUUGAAUCAAAGCAGCUGCUUAGUGUAUAAAAAUAUAUACUGAAAAGCUUUAUGUCAUAGCCAAUGCAUCAGUUGAUGGUGAGUGCUACACUGAGAAUGCACUAUAAAAGAUCUUGCACAAUGUGGAGUUCUCAAUGAGGGGACUCUUUAUUCUUGAAAAAGGUAAAUUUUUGUCUGUGAGCUGCUGCUUCACUGAAUUUUGUGCAGGCCUUACACACUAUGCAAAGACUUUACGUUAAUAUCGCCUGCACACCACAGUGAGUGAUCAUGUGGCAGCCUUUCCACAUGUCUUUCUCAACAGACUCAACUACGAACACCUGUGUCUGAGACCAACAGAGCAUGUGCGCUCUACCUCACAGCUACUACUGUUAGUUAUGUAUCAAAUCACUGCCCAUGAUGAUAGUCAAAAGGGCACAGAAAAGCCUACUUGGCCUCCCUCAUACACUCCGGUAGCAAACCAAAUGUAAAACUGGACAAUUGUGUGGCAACAAGGGUGUUUGGGGGAGGCCAGUGAUAUGUUCUCCAUGUUGCCCCCAAUGUUUACCAAAGAGUGGAGAAAGGGGGGGGCAGUGAGGCAUGGAGCUGGGACACAGCCUGUGGCACGCCAAGCAAGGCCCUUCAAGCGGCAGAAGCUGUAGCUGCCGGGGCUGGUCAGCAGGAGGUUGUGCCAGAAACAUUGUGAAAUACCUCUCCUGUGAAUUCACUUUUGGAAUGAGUUAUAUGUUUAUACAUAUAUCAAGUUUAAUCAAAUCCAUUAUGAUCUCUUAAGCUAACCUGCUCAAUGAUUCAAGUAAAAGCAUGGCAUAUUUUUGCAAAUUCAAAGGACUUUGUGCAAUCUUAAGAUAAUGGGUUCUGUGGCAGGCAACAAGGAGUUGGUGAUGCUCAGAACGCUUGAGUGAUGCAUUCUUGUCUCAUGUCCAAGAACCAUGGAAAGUUUUUUUUUAUUUUUUCUUUAAUUUACAGUAUGAAGAAGUAAGUCCGUCCCUGUAUAUAGUGCAGCACCACACCAAGAUGUGUGUGUAUGUGUGUGUACUGUACAGUGGUCAUCAUAGAUGUGUGCCUGUCACCCUCAGUACAUUGGUAACUUGUGUUGUGAGUGAACUUGUGUUGUUGGUUGACACACUCCUCCAUCUGGUCAGAUGUUCCUCUGAUUUGGGGCUUGUAUUGCAACUAUUAUGGACAGAAAUUAGUUCUUGAUGCCUUGAAUGGUAGCACAGAUAACUAGAACAUGCAAGGAAGGUUAGGAACCCAAGUAAAAGAAAUCUUCAAACCAAUUUGUUUGUGAACAUUGUGAGGAUCUGGAUGAGGCACUUGAAAGAUGAUGGUGUAAAUAUGCUGGAAGUCAAAAUAUGACCUAGUAUUCCAAAGAAAACUUUACUCCAGGACUUGGAUGGUUUUAAAAAAAGAACAUCCCCAACUCUCAAAAACUGUCAGUCUUGGAGUACUAGAAUAUGGUUUGGCUUCGGGUAUGUUUACACAGUUGCCAUCUUCAAGGUGACUCAUCCAGCUCUGCACAGGACUAUCAUAUCACCAACUUUCUCAACAACCUCCUGCAUCUGGUACCUGGCCUUGCAUAGUCCAAUGGUCCAUAUUACUGUGUGAGGUGUUAAAGAUAUAUGCUUGUCUGUAAUAAAUGUUGUACCGGCUCCAAAGCUAGGGCAAUGUGGCCAAGAGGAGGAGGGGGCACUGACCAUAAAAAGACCUCGGUGACAACACAAGCUAUCAGAGUAAUGAGUGUGUGUAUUGGCUGUGAGCUGGACAACAUGUCACUAUCAGCUAAAGGCUGAUGGAAUGCACGGGCACUAACAAACAAAAAUGCUAAUAAAUGUAUCCCGGUCCGAGUGUCUGGUACACAUUUAUGAUGAGCACUCAAUAUAUAUGUACCGUAUAAUGCAUAAAUGUGUGUGUGUGUGUGUGUGUGUGUGUGUGUGUGUGUGUGCGCGCACUUGGUUGCUGCUGCUGCUGUUCUUCACAAUAAUAGCAGCAUCAUCACCCUAAGGGAGUUGAGGCUGCCUGGCAGAGAGGAAAGAUCUGUAUCCCUCACACGCUGACAGGAGGUGUGACCAACACCAGCGAGUGUUGAGUAUGAGCAUGCUGUGCUAUAGUGAAUCACUGCUCCUUCCACAUGGAGACUACUGCAUUCACUUACCUUGUUCCAAAAUGUUAUUGAGGCCUUUUCACAACCAAAGAGUGAAUGGUAUAAGGAAAUAUUGUUCCCUUUUUGGCUCAGGAUAUUUCUCUACCAAAUGUUGCAUUUGGUGGUACAGCCAAGUUGGGCAUCAGUCCUAUUAUCCUGCAAAAGAAGAACCAAUGAUACUUAACGUGUAGGGUUUUUCUAAAGGUAUAAGCUAUUUUCUUUUAUUUUAAUGGGAAUUCCUAUGAAUCAAACAAUCCUCCUGUGAGGCACAUAAAAGUUUAGUACAAACUCUAAUGCACCAGGAUGGAACCAGUCUGGGUGUGUAGCAAAGCAGGCGACUUCAGUAAUGAUCUCAUUUAGCUAAUUGUAAUCAGUUAUAUUUCUUCAUAUUUCUGUCUGUUCUUGGCACCCAAAAGAUCAAGAGGACCUGGGAGGUGGCAGAGUCAGUUAACUGACAUUGCCUUGUUGUUUCAACUUACUUUGAACAUAGAUUUGUUUUGUAUGAAUGUGCUGUUGUCUCAUGACUGCACAGCAAGGUCAACCAGCAGCCCGGGUCCUCGGCUUCUGCUGCCAGGGAAACAUCACUUAUUCAUUAGAAUAUUUCUCUGCAGUCAGGUCUUGCCCUCUGUUUUCUGUCUUACCAAAGAUGGCAGGAUUUACUAGUGUUCUACUUCGAUGCAGAGAAAAUAGAUAAACUUUCAUUUUCAAAUCUACAGAAUAGAAUGCUUUCUGUAGUCUAGACAAUGCUGAACCCUUUCUUGGUAAAAGGCACAAAAGGGUCUCCAUACUUUACAGGUUGACCUUCAGCUUUGCCUAGUCAUUUGAAGUUGAAUAGCAAAUUAUAGUAUUUCUGACAACUGCAUUGCCUGCCGGAGGCUCCAGCAGCCCCGCGGCGCAGAGGCAGAGGUGGCUGCCGGAGACCGUGCCAAGAAUCCUCAUGUAAUACUGUUGCAGGACACCAUUACUAUUAUUACUAUAAUAAUAAGGUUAUUAUUGUAAUUUAUUUAUUUUUAUCAUUGUGUCUGUGAUUCCUUGUCUUUGUUAAUUCUUGUACAUAUUUGUUUGUGAUAUUCUUUGGUUUUCAUUUUUUUGAAGUAUAUAUGCAAUUAUGUAUAUAAUGUGCAGCAUUGAGUUAAGGCUGUGUUGUGUUAGAUUUACAUACUUAAGUGUAGCGCUCAGGUCUUUCACAAGCUGUUGUAGCUAAGUGGUCUUCCUCGGGUUAUAUGUUCUCCACCUCUAGCAUUGGUUGUAUUUACCAAAAUCCUUCAAAUUGGUGCCUUGAGAUUCACAUGUUGGGAGGUCGCUGCCGGCACUGUCCAGCCUGUCACUGCUCAGUGUGGGCAGCAGCCACUCUGAUGUGAUGGUGGUAAUUUUUGGUGAGCAAAUCUGUUAUUGUAACUAAAGAUGCCUGGAUAUUACACUUAAAACCAAUCUCUUCCAUACUGUAGCUGUACCAGUUUAGUAUAUUAGUGCAGACCUGCUCUCUCCACCACAACACUGCAGUGGUGGGAGAGGCAGGCGCCACAAGCCGGCAGAGCCAGCGGGGCGGCACAGCACUGCUGGCGCGGGCUUCCAGCGGGGCAAAGCCUUGGAUCGGGUUCCCAGGUGCUCUUGGCCCAUAGUGAGAGUCUCUUUGACUGAUUCAUAGGUUUAAUGUAGCCAAUACUGAAUUUAAUUGCCUUUAGGGGCAAUGACUAGUCAAAGGGACAGGCAGAGGUUGGACCAAUUUGACCUCAGCAAGUGAGGAUAGCUGCAGGAGUGUCCGGUGUGGCAAAGAUUCCUUCCAUAACAGUACACAGAGUGAGCAGCGCCAGCCGGGCCACUGCUCCCGAGGCCAGUGUUAACUGUUCUCUACGGGGCCAGCGUGCUGCCGGCACCAUUGCCUUGCUCUGUAAUGUCCAGUUCAAUAUUGCAUUAUUAAGCUAAGUAGCCCACUCAAGACAUGUAUAUAAAACAUAUUGUAAGAGUAAUGGAGGCAGUCAUCUUCAAUCUGUGCAGUAUAAUAAUUAUAUGAUGUAUAUUACCGACUGUUGCGGUCUUUCAUUUUUUUUGCAUCUUGUUGUAGAUUUAAAUGCUUGUUUGUAAUAAAUCAUUAAAGAGG